AUGGGCCAGACUCAGAAGUCAGUCACGCCCAAAGAGCAGUGUGCCACUGAUGUGCGAGUCACCAAGACCAAACGCCACAAGCUUGAAAAGCAGAUGAAACAGGGUACGGAGCGACAAUUCGCACGCUCAACGCCUCUAUCCCGCAAGACUCGGAGGCCCAACAGGGUUAAUGACCAGGAUGAUACAGAUACAGAAAAGUCUGAAGGCGAAUACCAAAAGAGACUCGAAGAAGAGCAACUGGUGCCAGUCCCAAAUAGAAAUUGGACCAAACCCUCCUUCCCUAACCAAGAGAUCAUGCCUCAAGUUAUUCGAGAUGGUGUUUCGGAGCAUGCCAUCAAACCCACCGUUGCCACUUUUGAGAAGAAAUCAGCUGCUGGUCACGGAUUCACAUUUGAGGAUAACGACUCAAAUCAAAAGUACAACUGGGACGUGGACUGGAGUGCAAGUCCUUCUCUGGGCAAACGCGAGACACGUGCUGUGGCCUCGGAACUGAAGCAUAGAGGCAUCAAGACCGAGAGACAAUACAGCAAUUUUUGGUACAAUCUCACGAUGAAGCUAUCAUCGAUCGCAGGCUCCCCUGUCCCGCUCUUUACCGCAAAGAAGAAGGCACUGGAGACUUUUGUGGAGGAGGCGAUGCGCAAUGCUGAUGACAGACGAAAGCGAAAGGCCCGGAAGAAUGCUGUUACGAAUAAGCCGCAUAAACGCGAGAAGAAAAAGCACAAGACAAAGGAUCGUCGACAAGGUGUUGAAGAAGCAUUUUUAGAUGCCAGCGAUACGAAUAAGGAAAAGUGUCAGAAGAAGUCAAAGAAGCUUCCUCAAGGUGUGGAUGCAUUCCUGAUCCCUGGCGAUACCGACGAGGAAGGCAAGUCAUCAUCCGAGGAAUCCGAUUCCGAUUACGAUGGAGAAGAUUUGAUGGCCAAAGUGCGAGCGGAUAUUGACAGGCAGCGAAGGAUGUCCGGAGGUGGAACAAGCUGUGGGUAUCGAAAGGGGGAUCUUUAA